AUGCCGCCCCGAAUACUUCUAAGAGGGCCCAGGGCUCUAUCGUCGCCAUCGGCAGCCUGGGUCCGUCUGCGGCCUCAGCAGAGGUUUGCCUCGAGCUCCGCAAAUGCACCGGAGGCUUACGACGUCGUCUGCGUAGGCGGUGGACCAGCAGGUCUGAGUCUCCUGACCGGUCUGAAAGCAUCGCCAAUCACAAGCGGGCUGAAAGUUGCACUCAUCGAGGGACAAGAUCUACACAAGAAUCGAUUAUCACAAGAUGCUAGUUUGGAGAGCUUUUCCAAUAGAUGCAGCUCCCUCACCCCGGCCUCCGUGAAGAAUUUACAGGAAAUCGGAGCAUGGGCGCAUGUCAACACACCCCGGGUGCAGCCAUACCAAGAGAUGCAAGUAUGGGACGGCGUCACUGAUGCGCGGAUAUCGUUCGAUUGGCACACAGCGAAACCUCUCCUUACUCCUCGUAACCCGGCGCAGCCUACGACGAUCGCCUACAUGAUCGAGAACGUCAAUACGGUUACCGCUCUGUUGAGCCGGCUCGAACAAUUGGGCGGUGUCGACUUUUACACAUCCACAAAGGUCAACUCGAUAGAUCUGGGUACAGAUACAGAGAAGAUGGACUUCUCAUCAUGGCCAAUGCUCACGCUAUCCAAUGGAAAGACAUUGGCAGCUAGGCUGUUAGUCGGAGCCGAUGGUGCGAAUAGCCCAGUGCGGACUUUUGCAGACAUUGAGUCGCGAGGCUUCGAUUAUGGUAGACACGGUUUAGUGGCUAGUCUGAAGCUCGAGGGGCAAGGCUGGGGCGGUCCAGAUCACAAGAUCGCAUACCAGCGGUUCUUGCCAACCGGCCCCAUAGCUAUGCUGCCCCUUCCAGGAAACAUGUCGACACUUGUCUGGAGUACCACGCCGGAGCGUGCCGCGAAGCUCAAGACGUUGUCACAAGAGGAUUUCGUUGCAAUGGUCAAUGCGGGUUUCCGACUGUCACCCACAGACUUGGAGUAUCUACACACACUCUCAUCUGGACAGGCAGAAGAAGUUGAAUGGCGAGAGAAACACACGCCUGUCGACGAACAUGCGAUACCAAUGCGAGUAGCACACGUACAAGACGGUACAGUCGCAUCCUUCCCACUUCGCAUGCGACACGCGGAUACAUACACUGGUGAACGAGUUGCGCUGGUUGGCGAUGCGGCGCACACCAUACAUCCGCUCGCAGGCCAAGGUUUAAACCAAGGCCAAGGCGAUGCUGCGGCGCUCGUUCGAACGAUAUCACAUGCAGUGCAAACUGGCCAAGACAUCGGAUCAACGUUGGCGUUGGAGAGCUAUACCAGCGAGCGAUACGCGGAGAAUAAUGCAAUGCUGGGCGUAUGCGAUAAAUUACAUCGACUGUAUAGCGUUGAAUCAGGCCCGCUUGUAGGAUUGCGAAGUCUCGGAUUGAGAGCUGUUGAUGCAAUGGGUCCACUAAAGGGUUUCUUCAUGAGCCGCGCUGCAGACCACACGAGUGAGAUCGAAACUUAUGGCAGCAACGACGACUUCUGGAUCUUUGGAUACGGUGAAGAUCACCGGGGAACGCCCGAGGCUCCAGGACGUGUUGUCACUUUGAUCGAUAAAGCGCAUUGGGAGACUCUGACAGACACUCAUGAAUCCACCGGGCGCGUGUGGGGCGCUGCAUACCAUAUUCCCGCCUCUCAUGUAAAAGAGGUGCGCGAGUACCUCGACAUCCGCGAGAUAAAUGGAUAUUCCAUUCAGUUCACGCCAUUCCAUCCUGCUAUUAGUACAUCCGAAGUCACGUCCCCACCUCACGACUCGGAGCCGAAUGAAUCCGAAAGAGGCAUGUGGGCGGGCAUCCGAGCUACCAACUCAAUAAGCGUGACGGAGGAGGCGGGAAGUAUCAAGUGCCUGGUGUACAUUGGGUUACCAGAGAAUCCGCAAUUCUUGGGCGCGCAGGAUCCUGAUGCUUUGGCGAGAAAGAUAUUGGAAAGCAAAGGACCAAGUGGCGAGAACAAGGAGUACCUUUACAAUCUGGAGAUUGCGUUGCUUGGAUUAAGCCACAACAGUGGAGACGCCCACGUGAGCGAUUUGGUACGACGAUGCAAACAAUUGGAGCAGGAAGCUGGAGUCGGAAAGGAGGAAGGCAACAGUAGUAGUCAAGGGUUGUACAGGGUAGGAAGCACGGAGGAACAAGAGGAGGUUGAAAAGUAG